UUUAAAAGGCGAACGAGAUUCUCUGUCUCUCUCUCUCUCUCUCUGUCUGCACGCCGUGAUUCGAUUCAAUCUCAGAUCUCUCAGAUCUUUAGUUCAACUUCUCCCAUUCUUGAAGCGACUCGUUGAGAAGAAGAUGGCGGCUAUAGCUCGUCUCCACUUGUCGGCUAAACCGAACCAGACCGGUCCUAGAGCGAUCAACCUCACGCGCGAUCCAAGGCUCGUCGUCUCGUUUCCACGCAAUGCAUCGGUAUGUUCCUCCCUCCGCACAUCUCCAAAUCUCCCGGCGGCUUCAUCCGCCGGAGGAGGAGGUAGCGGCGGAAACUUCGUCGGAGGCGGCGGCGGCGGUGAUAACGGAGAUUCAGGAGGGAAGCAAGAACCGUCUCCAUGGGGACCGAUAGGGAUGUUCAUCCAAGGAUGGAGAUCACGAGUCGCAGCUGAUCCUCAGUUCCCAUUCAAAGUCCUCAUGGAAGAGCUCGUUGGCGUAACCGCCAACGUACUCGGCGACAUGGCCUCACGCCCCAACUUCGGACUCAACGAGCUAGACUUCGUCUUCUCGACCCUCGUCGUGGGUUCGAUCCUCAACUUCACGCUCAUGUACCUCUUAGCUCCCUCCGCAGCCUCCGCGGGGGCCUCGAAUCUCUUGCCUGGGAUCUUCAAAGCCUGUCCAGCGAGUCAUAUGUUCGAACAGGGGAGCUUCACGGUCGUGAACCGUUUCGGGACUUUAGUGUACAAAGGGAUGGUGUUUGCUACCGUGGGGCUAGCCGCGGGGCUUGUAGGGACGGCUAUCUCUAAUGGGUUGAUCAUGCUGAGGAAGAAGAUGGACCCCGGGUUCGAGCCGCCGAAUAAGGCUCCCCCGACGGUGCUGAACUCGUUGACUUGGGCGGCUCAUAUGGGGGUGAGUGCUAAUGUGAGGUACCAGACGUUGAAUGGGGUUGAGUUUUUGAUGGAGAGAGGGUUGCCGCCGUUGGUGUUUAAGACGGGUGUGGUGGCUUUGAGGGUUGUGAACAAUCUUUUGGGUGGGAUGUCGUUUGUUGUGUUGGCGAGGUUGACUGGUUCGCAAUCUGUGGGGGAGGAGAAGGCGGAGGAGAAAGAUGAUUGAAUAGAGUUUUUUUUUUUUUUUAUGGUUGGUUAUGUUGUAAGGUUAGGCACAAGAGGCAUCUUCUUGAGUUGAAAUCUUUUUUUUUCAGGUUCUUAAUUACAAAAAGCAGAAGACAUUGUUCUUGUAUGUGUUUGGAGACCAAAUAAAGACAAAUCCAUUUUAUUUCUUUAA